CACAUAAUUAUAUCACAAAAUAUAGAAUAAAAUAGAAAUACAACAUAAAAAAAUGCAACAUGAUAAAUCAGAUCAGAGGGUUUUAAAAACCCCAUGAAUAUCCAUUUUCCCGGCCCAUGUUUAGCAUCUGCAGACUGCAGAUAUAAUAACAGCAGAGAUUCGCGUUUCGUGUUCGCCACUCGCCCCCAUUUAUCACACAACGUGGUGGAUCCAUCCUCAUUUUUCAACCCUAAUUCCACCUUUUCACUCCCGAGUUCAGGAUACACAGAUCAACUUAUCAUCUUCAUUGCUGCUGCAUUCAUGGCCGAAUAAACCUUGAAUUCCAAUUCAUAUACCUAUAUCAACACUGUGAUCUACAUUUAGCUUGUUAAAUCAUCCACAAUUUCAAGAGAAUCUUGAUUUAUGAAAAGCAUGGAUCUUGGUGACAAAAAAAGUUGUUGGGGAAAUUCUAAGAAGGAUACAUGGAGGACAACAUUGGUGUUAGCAUAUCAAAGUCUUGGUGUAGUCUAUGGUGACCUCAGCAUUUCCCCAAUUUAUGUUUAUAAAAGCACAUUUGCAGAAGACAUUCAUCACUCUGAAACAAACGUAGAGAUUUUCGGUGUGCUUUCGUUUGUUUUCUGGACUUUAACCCUCAUUACUUUGUUCAAAUAUGUCUUCAUCGUUCUUCGAGCUGACGAUAAUGGCGAAGGUGGAACUUUUGCACUUUAUUCCUUAAUAUGUCGGCAUGCUAAAGUAAGCCUGCUACCAAACAAACAAACUGCUGAUGAAUCGCUCUCAACGUAUAAACUGACGCAACCUCCCAAGGGAGAAAACGUGUCAAAAUUGAAAACAUUGCUUGAAAAGCACAAAACUUUGCAUACGGCUUUACUAAUCUUGGUCCUUCUUGGCACUUGUAUGGUAAUCGGAGAUGGAGUACUUACGCCAGUUAUUUCUGUUUUUUCUGCUGUUUCGGGGCUCGAGCUAUCAAUGUCCAAAGCACACCAUGAAUAUGCUGUGAUUCCGAUAACCUGCUUCAUAUUGGUGUGCUUAUUUGCACUACAACAUUAUGGCUCACAUAGAAUUGGUUUCAUUUUUGCGCCAAUUGUGCUGUUAUGGCUGCUAUGCCUCAGUGGCCUCGGGCUAUACAAUAUAUUAUACUGGGACCCACAUGUUUACAAAGCUCUUUCGCCCUAUUACAUGUAUAAGUUUUUAAAGAAGACAGAAAAACGAGGGUGGAUGUCUUUGGGAGGCAUUUUAUUAUGCAUUACAGGCUCGGAGGCCAUGUUUGCCGACCUUGGUCAUUUCUCUUAUGCUGCAAUACAGAUCGCUUUCUCCUUCUUAGUUUAUCCAGCAUUAAUACUAGGUUACAUGGGGCAAGCAGCUUAUUUGUCAAAACAUCACCAAAUGGCACACGACAUUAGUUAUUAUGUCUCAGUGCCAGCAUGUGUACGGUGGCCAGUGAUUGUUAUAGCCAUUCUUGCUUCCGUUGUAGGGAGUCAAGCGAUCAUCAGUGGAACCUUCUCUAUCAUUAACCAGAGUCAAUCACUCGGUUGUUUUCCAAGGGUUAAGGUUGUCCAUACGUCUGACAAGAAACACGGUCAGAUUUACAUCCCGGAGAUCAACUGGAUUCUCAUGAUUCUAUGUAUUGCCGUCACUAUUGGAUUCAGGGACACCAAACAUAUGGGAAAUGCAUCAGGAUUAGCCGUUAUGGCUGUCAUGAUGGUUACAACUUGCCUAACAUCAUUGGCAAUUGUUUUUUGUUGGAAUAAACCUCCAAUUCUCGGUCUAUGUUUUCUACUUUUCUUUGGUUCCAUAGAAUUACUCUAUUUCUCGGCUUCGUUAGUCAAAUUUCGUGAAGGUGCAUGGCUCCCGAUUCUCUUAGCGCUUAUUCUAGUCACAAUAAUGUUCGUUUGGCACUACGCCACCAUCAAAAAGUACGAAUAUGACCUUCAAAAUAAGGUCUCGUUAGAAUGGCUACUAGCUUUGGGCACAAGUUUGGGUAUUUCUCGGGUUCCUGGGAUCGGGCUUGUGUUCACAGAUCUUACGUCGGGAAUCCCGGCUAACUUCUCACGGUUCGUGACCAAUUUGCCUGCGUUUCACAGUAUCUUGGUGUUUGUGUGUGUGAAAUUUGUACCUGUUCCGUUUAUCCCUCCAGCUGAGCGGUACCUUAUUGGUCGCGUGGGACCCCCUAGUUUUAGGUCGUAUAGAUGUAUUGUGCGGUAUGGGUAUCGCGAUGUUCAUCAGGAUGUUGAUUCGUUUGAGACCGAACUCGUGAACCGGAUCGCUGAUUUCAUCCGUUAUGAUUGGACCCACCCUGAACCGGCUAGUGAUCCAGGUGACGAAGACGAUGGAUUUCAAUCAACUACGUCACCAGGAGAGUAUAGGCUUGCGGUAAUAGGGAACUCACGGGCUUUUGAAUCAGAGGAAAGUCUGCAACAAGUUAGCGUGUCGGGCAGUUUUCAAACAGUGGAGAGUAUAGCUGACAUUAUUGAUGUCGAGAUGAACCCGCCAACCAGAACACGACGUGUGACAUUUGCUGUUGAUGAUCAUAAUGAUUCUGAUGAACCAGAAGACCUGCAAAUGAGGGAAGAGCUUCAAGAUUUAUUGGAUGCUCAACAAAGUGGGACCGCAUUCAUACUCGGUCACUCGCACGUGAAAACAAAACAAGGUUCUUCAGUUUGGAAGAGGUUGGCGAUUAAUGUCGGGUAUAAUUUUCUUAGGCGGAAUUGUCGUGGACCGGAUGUUGUGUUGAGGGUGCCUCCGGUAUCUUUGUUGGAAGUUGGUAUGGUUUAUGUUGUAUAAAACUUACGGUUACUGAUACACUAUGCAACUUGCUUCUGAGUUCAUGCUAACGAGCUAAAAGAGUUUAAAUUUUGUUACCAGCAGUGUUGCU